AUGUUUAUGUCUGUGUUUUUUGUAGUCGCAGUCAAUCUGGAAAAUCGUGAAAACAGUUUCGACUACCUCGCCUUGAGCCCCGGGGGUAGGAGUGCGGAGAGCGAGACCAGCCCGGGGGGUGCCUCUCGCCAAAGUCCCCCUGACAUAGGAGUUAACAAGGAGUCAAGUCAGAGACAAAUUGCCUCUGAAAGAGAAGCAAAUCGAAUCAUCAGAAAUUCGGAAAACGAGACAGCGAAAGAAGGGGAAAUGGCGGAACGAUUAAACAGUAGUUUGGUUUCAAAUGAGACGCAAAAUACACCCAAGAGCGCGUUCAAGCCGAUCGUCAGACCAUGGUUAAUUGAACCCGUGCGUGACAAGAUACCCUACGGGAAUCAACAUGUACUCCAUGCUAAUAGCUGCCCAGAUGAUGUGAGGAGAGGGGGAAUCAGCUCGGACAAUUAUCUACCCCUCCUGGGUAAAGACGUGUACCCCCCAAACUGCCUCUCCCAUCUCGACGCUAUUCGCUUGCUCCGUCAAAGAAGUUCGUUCUAUCAAACAUCAGCGCUCCAUUCCAAACCCGGCUCAUAUACGAACAUAAACGCUUGGCUGUCCUGUCUGAGAAAUAACCGACCAUAUCCGUUAGUUAAUCUCCCCCAAGGAGGGAUAGGACCCAAAACGGACCAAAUAUACCCCACUGCCCAUUCCCAACCCCCUCGAUACAACUGUGAAGCUUGCAAUAAAAGUUAUUCCACAUUCGGGGGUCUAUCCAAGCAUAAACAAUUCCAUUGUACGUCUCAGAUUAAAAAGGACUUUAAGUGUAAAUUUUGUGAAAAAUCCUAUUCAUCGUUGGGUGCACUGAAGAUGCAUAUCCGGACUCACACCCUGCCCUGCAAGUGUAAACUGUGCGGCAAGGCCUUCUCCCGACCCUGGCUGCUCCAGGGGCACAUCAGGACCCACACCGGGGAGAAACCGUUCUCCUGUCCCCACUGUGGUCGGGCGUUCGCGGACCGAUCCAACCUUAGGGCACAUCUCCAGACCCACACGGACAUCAAGAAGUAUGCCUGUAAACUGUGCACAAAAACCUUCUCUCGAAUGUCACUGCUGCUAAAACACGAGGAGGGGAGCUGUACAGGGAUGAUCAGGAGAACGUGAGGGGGGCAUUGUAGAUAUGCUCUGGGGCAUAGUAUGGGUGCCCGGGGGUGGGGCAGUGGACUGACAACUAUGAAUUUGGAUUAUGUAUGAACUGCAAUUGCCUCAUAUCUCCGGAACAAUUAUGUACAUCCUUGUUGUAUAUCAUAAACAUAUAACCACUCUUGUUGAACCCGGAAUGGGUUUGUGUUGUGGACACAGGCUAUUGGUAUAAUGGACAUGAACGAAAUUGACAAAUAAGAUGCUGAUGCUUUAGAAAUAACUCCAGGACCAACUGAUAUGAAUUUUCAUUUUAUGUUAGGUUUCAUGUAUAUUCAUUCAGCAUCUCCGUGUCAGUUAAAUUUUGUCAAUAUCAGUAGAUGCUAACUGAUGCUAGAGUACGUAAAAUAUAAUUUGUAAUUUUCAACGUAUCACAUGACGUAUAUAAGAAUAUGUAUAUAGAUAUGUAAAUAUAAUUACCUUUGUUUCAGUGAACGGGACUCUAUAUAGACUUGUAGCUAUUUACAAAGAAUAAAUAAUUUAUUUUCA